AUGAAUGACAAUAGAUAGAAAGAUCUUGAGAGUCCAAUUUUCUCAGUUGUUUGUUUUCCUGAUUCUGUUUUAGUGAGUUUAGGAGGAGGAGGAAAAAAAUAUGGAUUAGUUAAUAGUCUAGUAUUGUUUAAAUAAUAAUCAUUAAGCAAUUAUUUCCAAAACCAAUAUAUGGAAUUUUGAAGGAUCCUAUAGAUACUUUAUAAUUAGGAGAAGAGAUAUUCUAAAGAUUAAGAUUAAACACUAAAACUGGAUUGAUAGUAGGAAAUAGUGAUGAUAAAUGUGUGAUAUUAAAAGUUGAAGAUAAGAAGAUUUCAUUAAUAACUAAAUUUUAGACUGACAGAGCAGCUAAGGAACCUUGUUAAAAUGAUGGGCUAUUUAAUUAUUAAGGAGAUUCUUUAGCAACAGGAGGAGAAGAUGGAAUUUUGAAGGUUUGGAAUAAGGAUUAUUAAUUGAAAUACACAGUAGAUAUGAAAGGCAAAAUUUAAUCAUUAGAUUAUCAUAUUUCUAAUGGAAUGGUAUAUCUAAUUUUGACAAUAGCUAAUUGUGGCCACUGAUAAUGAAGAAUGUAAAAUAUUAAAAGAAAACCACGUGUUGCAUAAAUUAGAUAUUUCAUCAAAUAAUAUUCAUAAAUUACAAUUUCACUCUGCUAUCUUCUCAUUAGAUGGAACUACUAUAUUUACAUUUAAGAAUCCAAUGAGAGGAGCAUCUUAUAUGACAAGUUGGAGAAUAGAAAAUGAUAAUAUAAAGCCAUUAAAGACAAUAAAGGUUCAUGGACAUCCAGUAGUUAGUAAUUGUUAAUCAAAAGAUGGCAUGUUUAUUGGAAUUGGAUGUUCAGAUGGAACCGUAAAAAUAAUAAAUUCUAGGUAUCAUAUAUAAAUUUAAGAUUUAGAAAAUUAGAUGUUGAAUGUAGUAAAUUAGCUCAUGAACUUCCUUGUACAGCCUUAUGUUUUACUCCUGAUUCUAGAUUCAUUAUUUCAGGAUCAGUUGAUGCUAAAUAUCAUUUUCUAUAAAAUACUAGACCAUAAGGAAUGUUUUCUUUACUAUCUAAAUUUUGGCUGUUUGGGAUGUUGUUAGCAUACUUAUUUAUUGUAAUCAGAGAUUUAUUUGAAUGAGAG